AUGCAGACAGGUUACAGUCAGGGCUCCCUGAGGGUGAGGCUCGCCACGAAGCAGCCCCGCGCGCCCGGGCGACGGAGACAUAAAGAGCCCAUUGCCCGGGCUCCUCUUCAUCUGCUGAAUCUUUCCCUCACCAGCACUCGCCAACUAAACUGGCUUUACUACUACUACAGACGAUCUAGUGGGCAAGCCCCAGCUCUUUACCCGACCUGGAACCCAUUUAACCAAGAUAUUCAGUGA